AUGCAUGUAGAUCAUCCACAAGCCUCUGUUUCUUUAGAGGGGGAAGCAGCAGCAGCACAACCCGGUGUAUGUGUAGCCGCCCCACAGGCCGAUGAGGUGCAGCAGCAGCAGCAGCAACAGGAGUUGUUGCUGCAGCCACCGCUGCAGCAACCAACAAGACAGCAGCAGCAUGGGCCUCUGGAUGCUGCUGCUGUAGCAGCAGCAACGGCAGCAGCAGCUACACCACACAGCGGCAGCUGCAAUACCGAUGCGAUGCCAGCUGCAACAGCUGCAGCAGCGACAGUUGCAGCAGCAACAGUUGCAGCAGCAACAGCAGCAGCAACAACAAGAGCAGCAGCAGCAGCAGAAUGCACAGAAUGUGUUGUGCCGCGUGCAUGCGUGUCUUUUCCAGAUACAUCAGCUUCGUCAGAAACAGCAGCAGCAGGAGCAGCAGAUGCAACUGCAACAGUAGCAGCAACAGCAGCAGCAGCAACAGCAGCAGCAGCAGCAGCAGAUGCUGACGCAGACACGCAGCAGUGUUUUAUCCCUUCUCCUGUAGAUUGUUUAGCUAAUAGACCAACAGAUCCUUCCGCUGCUGCAGUUGCCGCAGCAACUGCAGCAAAUACAGCAACUGCAGCAACAGCAGCAGCACCAGCCGCCGUAUGUGGAUCAGCAGCUGUUACAGUUGCAUCACAACUUGCAGCAGCAGCAGAUGUAGCAGCAGCAGCAGCAGCAAGUCCCGCAACAGCAGCAGCACCAUCAGAGUUACCAAGGCAAGCAGCAGCAAGAAUUGCUGCUGCUGCGCCAGAAAGCCUUCGGUGUGAAGGCGCAGCAGCAGAUACAGCUGCAGCAACAGCAGCAGAUGCUGCUGCUGCUGCAGCAACAGCAACAUCUGCUGCUACGCUCCUGCCCCCGCGCCGCCGCAGCGUUCACCGAUGCAGCAGCAGAAGCAGCAGAAGCAGCAGACACAGCUGCAGCAGCCGCAGCUGCCAGACGAGUAGGAGCCCCAGAAGGGACCCCACAGGGAGCAGGCCAAGUAUGCAGCAGCAGCAGCAGCAGCAGCAGCAGGCUGAUGUGGUGGGUACAGACCCAAGUGCUGCUGCCGACCCUCCUUCCUCUUCUGCUGUUGCUGCUGUUUCUCCUGCUGCUGCCUUACCAGACUGUCCACGGGCUGUAGAUGCAGCAGCAGCAGUAGAUGCAACGCCAGCUGCAGCAGAUGCAGCAGCAGCAGGAAAAGUAGACGAAACCCAUGAUGGGAACUCUACUGCUGCUGCAUCUGCUGCAGCAGCAGCAGCAGAUGCAGAUGCAAGAGGUGACACCGCAUGUUCUACUGAGGGCUACAGCAUAAGCAGCAGCAGAUGUAGCAGCAGCAGCAGCAGCAACCCAAGCAACGGGCAGUGUCGCACAGGCGGUGGCGCUGUCUCUUCAGACCCUCCGCAGCAGCAACCUGCACAGCAGCAGCAGCAGCAACAACAGCAACAGCAGCAGCAGCAGAAGCCGCAGCGCGUUAGCAGUACCCAGCAACAGUUACGAGCUAUCCUCUUGGCGUCACUAGCCGAGAGGCAGCAGAUGCAGCAGCAGCAACAGCAGCAGCACCAGCAUCAGAGUAGAAGAGGCCAGAAGUGGCAAGAACAGAACGCAAAGCAGCAGCAGCAGCAGCAGCAGCAGCAUCAACAGCAGCAGCAACAGCAGCAGCAGCACGGAUCUCUGCGUUCUCCAGGUGGUCGUCGCACCAGCACAGAGAGCAGCCACUGCGGGACUAUGCCGCAGGAGCAGCAACUGCAGCAGCAGCAGCAGCAGCAGCACCAACAGCAGCAUCAGCAGCAGCAACAGCAGCCACAGCAGCGAGGACGCGGGUCUGUGCAGCAGAUCCGGCAACCGCAGCAGCAGUUGUUGCUGCCGUCUAAUGCUGCUGCUGCUGCUGCUGCUGCUGCAGAGCAUACUGCAGCACCACUUGGUGGAGUUCUUCCUGGUUGUCAUGAGGUGUCUCUGCAGCUAUAUCAGCAGCAGCAGCAGCAACUGAUGCAGCAGCAGCAGCUGAUACAGCAUCAUCAUCAUCAUCUGCAGCAGCAUCAUCUGCAGCAGCAGCAUCUGCAGCAGCAGCACAUGCAGCAGCAGCACAUGCAGCAGCAGCUAGAGGGCUUGCAGAGGCAGCUGCAACUAAAGCAGUUGCCCUUAUUGGAUGCACAGCAGCAGCGCCAUCCGCAGCAGCAGCAGUUUUUGCUGCAGCACCAUAUGCAGCAGCAGCAGCAACAGCAGCAGCAGGAUCAUGGUCUUGUAAGUAGCAGCAACAGCAGCAGCAGCAGCAGCAGCAGCAACAGCAACAACAAUGGCAGCAGUAGCGUCCCUGGUCUUGUAUGUUCUUUACCGAAUGGUCAAGGAGAUCCCUCAGCAGCAGCAGCAGCACAUGCAGCAGCAGCAGCAGCAGCAGCAGCAGCAGCAGGAGAUAUGAUAUCUUCUGAUCAUCAAGAAGAUACGCAAAUAAUAAAUGGUGUUAUGCCGGGUGUAUGUGCAUCUCCUCCAUGUGACACAACAACAACAGCAGCAGCAGCAGCAGCAGCAGCAACAGCAGCAGCAACAACAACAACAACAGCAACAACAACAACAACCGCACCACCGCCAUCACCUCCAGCACCCCAAUCAUCACCCCCAACAACAACAGCAGCAGCAACAACAACAGCAACAACAGCAGCAACAGCAGCAGCAACAGGAUCCCCACCCCCACCACCUCCCCCACCACGACCACCCCCACCACCACC